AACAAAUGGAUAAAGAAGGAAACCACCGCAGCCACACCUACUCACACAGCCACCGCAGCCGUCGCCGUCGUUUGGAAGCUCGUUGGCCGUCUCCUCUGUUCGAGAUCUCUCUCUCUGUGUGUCGCCGUUGUGUUUCUGUCACUGCCCUUCCUCGUCGCAGCCGUCGAAUCAGUGAGCCGUUAAACCAGUGACCUUAUCGGUUUAUUGACUGGUCCGGUUCUCGCAAACUUAGUGUAGAGGAGCUUCUUCACCUCAGAGCUUCUUCGAUGGCGAUGGUUUCUUCUCUCUCUGCGGCGCUACUUCCUCCUCUUUCUCUCUCUACCUCUUCCUCCUCGCUCUCUUCCAACCCAAAGUUUUCGGCUUUGUGCUUUCAAUCUGGUAACACCUUCAAGCUCAGAACCCCUAAGCUGCUUCACUCAUCAACUAGGGUUUAUGCCGCGCCUGAAGUUUUGGAUUCCGAGGAACCGCUAGACGUACCUCCAGAAACCCUUGGUGAUGAUGAAUCUGAGGCCACCACCUUUCAGGUUGGAGAUUCAGACACUCGUACCACUUCCUCAAUUAGCAUUGGUGGUGAUCCGGAUACGAUGGCGCCUAAGCAGAAGAUUAGAAUCAAACUUAGGUCUUACUGGGUGCCCUUGAUAGAGGAUUCUUGCAAGCAGAUACUAGAUGCAGCAAGGAAUACCAAUGCAAAAACCAUGGGUCCUGUACCAUUGCCAACUAAGAAGAGAAUUUAUUGUGUUCUUAAAUCGCCACAUGUACAUAAGGAUGCUCGAUUCCAUUUUGAGAUCAGAACACAUCAGCGUCUCAUUGAUAUUUUGUAUCCUACAGCACAAACAAUAGAUUCUCUGAUGCAGCUUGAUCUUCCUGCUGGUGUGGAUGUAGAGGUCAAGCUCUGAGCUAUCGACAUUUUACGGCAUGUAAGGUGUGAAUUUUUAUUCUGUGUUUGUAAUGUGAUUGAUCCACAUGCAAAUCAAGUGUAAUUUAUAAUGAAGGAAUCCUAGAAUAUUUUACUUUUUCAAGUUAGUAAAGCCUGUAUUUACCUAUAUCUAUUUAUUUAUAUCAUUAUUUAUUUCAACCCUAUAGACUUAGUCCACAGAGUUGUAACAUUUAAACAUUUCAAAUUGUAAUGCUUGUAGAAUGAAUUACAACAAUAUUUUGGUUAAAAUAA